ACCCCGCAAAAAUAUUAUUUUUGGCAUUUCUACCAAUAUUUUUGUUUACUUUCUACAAUUGUGCAAAAAAAUGUAUUAAUAAUUCAAUAACAAUAGAUUUAUAACAAAACCAAAUACUAAAAUGACCUCCAACACUAGUACUCUCCGGCCGGCCACUGAAGAAAUCCCUAAAAAACGCCUCACUGCCAACGAAUACCGGAACUUGUGCGAUUUUAUUAACAAUUAUCAAGGCCUGCCCAUUGAUUGCGAAAUGGAACUGCAGGAUAAUUUUUCACAAAUUCAGCGUUUAACACUGAAGGCUAUAUUACAAACGGAGCUAACAAAUCGUAUGCGUUCCCAGUACUGGCGUUAUGAUGCAAAUGCCAAAAAAUAUUUGACUAGGUAUGAGGAGCUGUCAAUGAAUUCUCCAGGAGAUAGUAAUAUUUUAUUAAAUAUAGCCAGAGAAGAAAGAAUUGGUCCUGUUAUGAUGUGUCGCUCACUGUUGAAAACUAAAUAUGAUUUUAAUUCUAAAAUGAAAUUGACCAAAUUAAUGCGUUACCCCCAUCUGAUAGAGGACCCUUUGUUGUCCGCCAAUGUGGCGCAAUGUUUAUGCAGUGAUUCACAAGAUGGGCCUUUAAUUGACCUAAAGAGAAGAGUGUUGGGUGAGGAAUAUGAAUUUAAGCUUAAAGAAAUGGCUAAUAAGUCGGGUAUGCAUUACUACGAUGAAAAUGAUCUCAGACGUUUGGGUUAUGACAAAACACCCGAUAUUAAAAUGAUUUUACCAUUUCUGUACAAAGGAGAAGUUAUAAAUUGGAUUGAGAGUAAAGCUAAUUUUGGUGAUAUUAAAACACAUAAAUGGAAUAUACAACAACAAUUAAAUAGUUAUUGUAAUAGAUUUGGUGCUGGCAUUAUUAUAUAUUGGUUUGGUUAUCAUGAAAGCACCCCCAAACUACCUGAUAAUUCUAUAGGCAUUAUUGUUUUAGAUGAUUUUCCCUUGAAAUCAGACAUAAAAUUCUUAGAUUUAAGUGAAAACAUAGAAUCUGACGAUCAAAAAGUUGUUGAGGAAACAUGAUACUUAUUAUUUCAAU